AGGCCGUCGGUGCCGAGAUCGAGGGUGAGGCUUCGGGCUGCGGUGUCGUGCAGGCACCCUUUGUCCACAAGAGCCUGAGACCCAGGGAGUGGCAGAUCCAAGAAGAAGCCACUGCUGACGAGGAGGUGCGACGAGUUCUGGAAGCGUCCCCAGACGUCUUCGCCACACUGGGGCUGAGCCCCGAGGACACUGUGGAUGGCAAGGCCGCCCGAAGUAGCUACAAAAAGCUGGCCUUGAAGGUCCAUCCAGACAAGGCACCCGAAGAGCUGAAGGUCAGGGCCAAGGAAGCUUUUGACAAGGUGGAAAAGGCCGCAGCAGCCGUUGAGGCAUUUUGCGAGACCGACGUGGAGGCGACCCAGUGCCUUCUCCGGGUCUUGCAUGGGGCUGGUAGCAGCAAGGCUUCCAUGACCCGAGCCACUGCGGUCACGGUCCUGGGUGCUGAAGACGACGUGACGCCAGAA